GCGCAACCAUUAGUCGCAAUCCAGCGCUCGCGACGCGACGGCGGAUCGCGCUUCCAAAUUCAAAUAAAUCAAAUCGCAAUAUUGAUUUUUUUUACGUUUUCAUCAGUGCUAAGGAAUACGAUUUUGUGCCAGUGCUGUUAUCGUGUUGUGCAUGUAUAUUUUGUGUUUGCAUUCGAGAAAUUAAAUAUUUGUGCACGCUCUGCGAUAUCCAUGCGCUAAAAGUUGCAAAGAUCGUUCGAGAUGAUCCACGUGGAUGAAACAGAUCCCGUCGGAGAGAUAGAACCGCCAUUCCCUUACCGCGAUGUCACCAUCAAGAGAAACACAGACGCCAACGACUUCUUCGAGAUGCUCUCGGAGAUUGGACGGGGCAAGUUCGGCACGGUAUACUUGUGUCGGGAGAAGAGCACAGGGUUGGAGUUAGCCGCCAAGCUGGUGUCGGUGAACCGGCGGGACGAGAGACGGAAUGUCGAGAGAGAGGUGGAGGUGAUGCGGCGGCUGCGACACCCGCGCCUCAUACAGCUCUACGACGCGUACGAGUGGGGCAAGUGUAUGUGCGUCGUGCUGGAAUUGAUAACCGGUGGAGAGCUGUUCGAGCGCGUGAUAGACGAGGACUUCGUGCUGACGGAGCGCGCCUGCACCGUGUUCAUGAGACAGAUCUGCGAGGGCAUCGACUUCGUGCACAGACAGAACAUACUGCAUCUUGAUAUGAAGCCAGAAAACAUCUUAUGCCUCACAAAAACCGGCAACCGGAUAAAGAUCAUCGACUUCGGCCUGGCCCGGUUCUACGACCCGGACAAGAAGCUGCAGGUCCUCUUCGGCACUCCGGAGUUCGUCGCGCCGGAGGUCGUCAACUUCGACCAGAUCGGAUACGGCACCGACAUGUGGUCCAUUGGUGUUAUAUGCUACGUGCUCCUAUCGGGACUAUCACCGUUCAUGGGAGAGACGGACAUAGAGACAAUGGCCAACGUGACCGUUGCCAAGUAUGACUUCGACGAUGAGGCCUUCAAUGAAAUAUCCGACGACGCCAAAGACUUUAUAAGGAAACUACUCGUCAAAGACAAAGAGUGUCGGCCGAGCGCGGCGGAGUGUCUGCGUCACCGGUGGCUGGCGAAGCGGCCGCCGGCGCACAAGCCGCGCCCGCCGCCCGCGCCCAAGCACGAGCUCGACGUCACCAAGGACAACCUCCGCCUGUUCGUCGAGCGGUGGAGCGAACACCCCGACUCCCCCUACGUGUUCGACAACGAGGCCCACGAGAUCGUCUCGCUGGCCGGCGGCGAGCGCUCCUCCGUCGGCGGGUGCUCCCCCUCCCCGCGCAGCUCGCUCAGCAGCUCGCCCGAUCUCGUGUUCGACGAGGACGACCUCGAGCCCCCGCCGCUCCGCGACCUCCGCGAACCCGCGCCCGAGAAGACGCGGUACAACCCCGUCGAGCGCCGCGCCUCCGACAGCAGCUGCUUCCUCCACAGGAGGCAUGACGUCUUCGUCCGGAAGAACCUCGCCGAGGAGAUCAAGAAGCUGUCGGACCACCUGCUCAUGCUGUCCACCAUGAACACCGACCUCACCAACAACAACAGCGCCGGGGAGGCCGACAAGAACGUCGCCGAGUCGACGACGACGACAACGACGAGGGAGACCAGGAAGAUUCCGAACGGCUUCAAGACCGAGACCAGGACGACGAUCGCGAGGUCCGCGACCAACGGCAGCGCGACGGUCGACGAGAGGAAGGCGUUCGCGUCGAAGUCCCCCCGCCGGGUCAGCUCGUCGUUCCUGACGGAGAGGGAGCGGGAGAAGCCGAUGACGAGCCGGAUGCCGUGGGCGAAGGCGCCGCGGUCGAAACGCGUCACGACGACCAGCCGCGACGUGCCCGACCAGCCUGUCGACCGCCGGCGGACCUUCUUCGAGGAGUUCGACCGCAGACGCGACGAGAUCCAGAAGAUCGCGAGUGGCGCCGAGAACGGCCGACAGCUCGCGUACCGGCGCGGGGACGAGAGCAGCGCCCACAGAACCAAGGAUCUGCUCCUCCACCUCCUGGAGAAGUGGGGGGAGAACGAGGACGUGGAGGCAGAGCGGACGGCCGGCGGUACCUCCAACGGCGGCCGGCACCAGUCCAUCUCCCUGGAGUGGUCGCCGACCGACCGGCUCGCGCAGAACUCCAUAUCCAGCCUUCACGCCUUCUUCAAGAGACAGUCGUCGCAGGAAAAGAUCCAGAGAAAGAGUAUAAGCAGGGAAGUGUCGAAUUCUAAAUGAUUUUUAGUGAGAUAAAGACUAUGUGCCAUGACAUUGUGUUGUUCAGAAAGGUCGAUCUGGUCUGGUGAUUACUUGACCAUUCAGCUCUCUCACUCCGAAGAUAGAUUUUUGAUAUUUUAUUAUAUUUAAAGAUUCAUAUUACUUUUGUAAAUUCUAAACAUACACUUUAUUUCAUUGGAUCUUUUAAUGUUAAAAUUAAAGAAUAUUUUGAUCUCAUGCUAAAAAGUAAAAUUAAUAAGUAUAAAAUAUUGUUUAAUUACAACCCACAAUAUGUGAUUCAUCACAAAUCAUACCAUGUUACUGGGAGUACCAGCAUUGGGUAGGAUGCUACGAUUUACAAAUAUUAAA